AUGUCAACUAAAAGCAGAGCGGUUUUUCUGGCACUUCUGCUGUUCUUUUCCGCAAGGAGUCCGGGCCCAGAAGCUGCCAGGAUCCUCGCCGUCCCCACGGACUGGAGCCACUGGAUCAUCAUGAAAUCCCUGCUCCUGGAACUGGUGCAGAGGGAGCACCAGGUCACGGUGCUGAGGAACAACGACUCGCUGAGGAUUGAGGCGAUCUCCGAAGAUUUCACCGUGGAAACGAUCCGCAUUCCCGCAGGUCAGGCACACGCAGCUCUUAAUGAAGACGAAAUCCAUGACAUUGUCUUCAACUAUCUCUACGUGGAAGAUGGUUUCCUCUCCAGUAUCUCCGCUCUCCGCAGUUUGUGCGCCUUAUUCUACAUCAACAUUGAAGUGACUAUUCCGGCCGUUCAGGCAAUGUUCGAGGAUCGCGCACUGAUGGGUCGACUCAAAGCUGGAGGUUUUGAUCUGAUUUUGGCCGACCCUUACCAUGUAGCCGGUGUCAUGAUGGCCCAUGUACUUGAGAAGCCGUUGGUGCUUUUUGGCAGGUGGAUGAUAGCCGGGGACCUCCACUUUAAUUUAGCCCCGUCGCCACUUUCUUUUGUGCCCAUGAUAAGUUCACGCCUGAGCGACAGGAUGUUGCUUUUGGACAGAUUGAAGAACGUGUUGAUAUAUGGAAUAUCGAGAUACAUGAACAACUUCCACAUUUACCCAAUUUACAAUAAACUGUGCCAGCUUUACCUCAAUAGUGACAUUACGGUGGAAGAACUUUAUCAAAAGGCUGAUAUCGUGCUAAUGAAGGUUGACUUUGCCUUUGAGUAUCCUCGGCCGACCGUGCCAAACCUGGUUUACAUCGGAGGUUUUCAGUGCAGCCGGGGUCGACCGCUCCCUGCUGAACUGCAGCGGUUCAUGGACAGUUCUGGCGAGGAUGGCGUGGUGAUCUUCUCCUUAGGAAGUGUGGUGGGCUUCCUUCCACCAGAGCUGGCGAGUGAAGUCGCGGCGGGACUAGCCCGACUCCCUCAGAGGGUGAUCUGGCGGUUUACUGGAAGACUGCCCUCAACCUUAGGGAACAACACUAAGAUAAUGAGCUGGCUUCCUCAAAAUGAUCUGCUGGGUCAUCCGAAGACCAGAGCGUUCAUCAGUCACGGUGGGGAAAAUGGGAUUUAUGAGGCCAUUUACCACGGGGUCCCCGUGGUUGGCAUCCCAAUCCUUGGCGACCAGUAUGAUAACCUUCUGCGUCUCAAAACCCGAGGAGCUGCGAUCAUGUUAGAUUUGGCUCACUUGAAAAGAGAUGAUGUUUUCCAGGCAGUCAAGACCGUCAUCGAGAAGCCUUCUUAUGGGGAGAACAUGAAACGAAUAUCUGCCUUGCACAGAGAUGUUCCAGUGAAGCCAAAGGAGCUGGCUGUUUUCUGGGUUGAAUACACAAUAAGGCACCGAGGGGCUGCUCAUUUUAGAUCCGCGGGUAAUGAGCUGCCAUUCUAUCAGUACUACUUACUGGAUGUGUUUGUCAUUGUUCUGGUUUUCGUGGGGCUUUUCCUUUAUCUUGUAUUUAAAUUGCUAAAAACUUUACUUGUCAAAGUGUGCUCGGGGAGGAAGAGGAAACAGGACUAA